CGCCCUCCAGGUGCCGGGCGGGGGCCGAGGCCAGCGCCGUUGCAGGGAGAGCAGGCCGGGCCAUGACCCCCGCGGCCCACGGCUGCAGGCGCGUCGCCUGCUGUCCCUCACGACCGCCAGCGUCCGCGCCCAGGGCGCCCCGGGAAGCGGCCUGCAGAGGCGACACCAUGGGGCUGAAGCCCUCCUGUCUGAAAGGCUUUAAGAUGUGUGUCAGCAGUGGCAGUGGCAACAGCCAUGACGAGGCCCCUGUGCUGAGCGACAAGCACCUGAGUGUUCCCAACAUCAUCAUCACCCCCCCGACCCCGACGGGCGUGGCCCUUUCCAGGGACUCGAAGCAGACAGUCUGGAUGGAUGAGUUGGGGGCUUAUCAAGAUGAUGGGGAGUUGGAGCCUGAAGCCUGAGAAGCCAUCACGUGGUGGGCCCUGUGUAGUAGCUGCUUGCCCCACUGCCCCUUGCCCUGGGUGAUGGGGACAGCGAAGUGGGCCCUGGACCAAGACAGAAGUGGCCAGAGGAACACAGCAGAUCUCUGGCCCCAGUGGAGCAGACAUCUGUCACCUCCAUGUUCUUGCCAGCCUAGACCCCGGCUUGGUGACGAGGAGACUGACCUGCCCUACGGCCACUGUGACCAUGGACCCUGGCCGUCAAGGUCACAGCAAACAAGGACUUCUCGCCAGAGCAGGGCCUCUGUUUUUUACAAGUUGUUUUACAGAUACAGAACCCACAUCCUGAGCGAGAUUUAUAAAUAAAGCUCCUUUGUGA